UCAAUCGAUCAGAGAGCGGAAGAUGGCGGAGCGGGGAGUCCGCGCACCGAGACCGAUCACCGAAUAGCUCGAUCGCUGGGAGCCGCGGAGAGUCAGAAACUGCGAGAGACACGGUCAUCCAGAGCAAAGCCAGCAGUCAGUCCGCUGCGCCAGCGAUGGACUUCCCAUGGCACAGUGGAAAAGUGUUAGAGCAGCUUAACCAUCAGCGGCAGCAGGGGCUGCUGUGUGACUGCACGUUUGUGGUUGACGGUGUGGACUUCAAGGCGCACAAGGCUGUGCUGGCAGCAUGCAGUGCUUACUUCCAUACACUAUUUCUGGAUCAGAAGGAUGUUGUGCAUUUGGAUAUCAGCAAUGCUGCAGGUCUUGGGCAGGUCCUCGAAUUUAUGUACACGGCCAAGCUGACGCUGAACCCUCAGAAUUUAGAAGAUGUGUUGGCUGUUGCCACUUUCCUUCAAAUGCAAGAAAUUGUCAAUGCUUGUUCUGCCUACAAGUCCCUUGCUUGCCCCUCAGCACCUAGCACUGCAGAACCAGUAGAAGAACAUCAAAGACUGGUCAAGAAAAAUGAUGAAGUUUUGCUGGAGGGACAGGCCAGUGAUGCCGCGGCACAGAAUGAAGUUUCUGAGGCUCAUGAAGCUCCCCUGUCAUCAGAAACGGCAGACGAUCAGCAAGCUACAUGUAGCACAACUGAGAGCCAAAGCACAGGUGUUCAGCCAUCAGGGGACAGAGGUGAAAAACCACCCAGACCUGGCCAGUCUGCCAAGCAGAAGACAGCUGAAUUGUCUGAUGGCAAACCAGAUGUGGAGGAGGAGAGCGCAACGAAAGAAGUGAUGGAGUAUCAAGAUGAUCCCUCUGAUGCAGAUUACGCACCCAAAGUCUCACAGAGGGCUGCAGCUAGAAGAUCUUACGUAAGCACACGGAGGAGCAAAUCAAAAUAUGCUGCUAAGCGCCAGUCCACACAAGAGUUUCCUGUAGAGGAGGAUUCUGGUGAGGCAGCUGUGUCAAAACCUUCCACUGACGAGAAUAUGACGGAGGAGGAGGAAGAAGACACUGCUGAAGAGGAGCAGCACCUAGAGGAGGAUGAGCAGAUGGAAGCAGAGGAUGAGGAAGAAGAUUCAGCAGAUGGAGGAGAGGAUAAGGCUAUGAGGGCUGGCUCCAUGGCUGAACGCAGUGAGUCCAGAGCAUACGGCUCUGUCACACACAAGUGUGAGGACUGUGGGAAGAAGUUUACACACACAGGAAACUUUAAACGGCACAUGCGCAUUCACACAGGGGAGAAGCCCUUCACCUGCAGAGACUGCAAUAAAGCGUUCUCCGACCCGGCCGCCUGCAAAGCACACGAAAAGACCCACAGUCCACUAAAGCCCUACUGCUGUUCUACAUGUGGGAAGAGCUACCGGCAGAUCAGCCUGCUGAACCUCCACAGAAAGCGUCACACAGGUGAAGCUCGAUACAGCUGUGAGGACUGCGGUAAGCUCUUUACAACAUCGGGCAACCUGAAGAGGCACCAGUUGGUGCACACUGGCGAGAAGCCGUACCACUGCGACUACUGCGAUCGGGCCUUCUCCGACCCCACGGCCAAGAUGCGCCACCUGGAGACACACGACACGGACAAGGGUCACAAAUGCCCACACUGUGACAAGAAAUUCAAUCAGAUUGGAAACUUAAAAGCUCAUUUGAAGAUUCAUAUCACAGAUGGGCCUCUCAAGUGUAAAGAGUGUGGAAAGCAGUUCACCACUUCAGGAAACCUGAAGAGGCACCUGCGAGUUCACAGUGGAGAGAAGCCCUUUGUCUGUAUGCACUGUCAGAGAGCCUUCGCUGACCCUGGGGCACUGCAGAGACAUGUGCGCAUUCACACAGGAGAGAAGCCCUGUCUGUGUCUGAUCUGUGGGAAAGGCUUCACACAGGCCAGUUCACUCAUCGCUCAUGUUCGUCAGCACACUGGAGAAAAGCCAUACGUAUGUGACCGCUGUGGAAAAAGGUUUGUGCAGUCCAGCCAGCUGGCCAAUCAUAUCCGUCAUCACGACAAUAUACGACCGCACAAAUGCCACACCUGCAACAAAGCAUUUGUGAAUGUUGGCGACCUUUCUAAACACAUCAUCAUACACACAGGAGAGAAACCGUAUCUUUGUGACAAGUGUGGCCGUGGAUUUAACCGUGUAGACAACCUCCGCUCCCAUGUUAAAACUGUUCACCAGGGUAAAGCAGGCAUUAAGAGGCUGAUAGUGACUGAUGAUGAUGAUGAUGAUGGAGAAGAGAAGCUGCUGCCUGCCUCUGCGUCAGCCUCCGAACUGGAAGACAAUGAGGUCAACAUCGUUACGGUCACCACAGACGACAUUGUGACUUUAGCUACAGAAGCUUUGGCUGCCAGUGCAGUGGCACAGCUGACUGUGGUACCUGUAGCAACAUCAGUGUCUGCGGAUGAAACUGAGGCUCUGAAAGCAGAAAUUACAAAGGCAGUGGAGAAAGUGCAGGAGGCUGAUCCCAACACUCAGAUCCUGUAUGCAUGUGACUCCUGUGGUGAGAAGUUCCUGGAUGCCAGCUCUCUUGCCCAGCACGUGCGAAUCCACACAGCCCAGGCCUUGGUCAUGUUCCAGGCAGACUCUGACUUCUACCAGCAGUACACUGCAGACGGCACCUGGCAGACCACGGAGCAGGUCAUCCAGGGAGGAGAGCUCCUGUUCCGCACGCGGGAGGGAGAGGAGGAGACUGAGGAUGGGCAGGACGAGGUGGUCCAGUCUGAAGCUCAGACUGAAGAAAGGGUCGAGGAGACUGAGGCUCAGACAGAAGCCGCAACAGAGACUAUACAGAUCUGUGACAGUCAGACUCAGUGAAGUUCCUGCGAGAUAUAAGAUGUUUAUAUGAUCUUUAGAACUCUAGUUUUGAAAGAAAGAGAAAUUAGAGUAGUUGAGGCACAAGGCAAAUGUUUGUGCGUUUGUCCAGCCAGUAUAGAUUAGGAUAAAUUUUACCUUGUCAGGGGGUAUUUUUUCCAAAUCAAAUGCUAUCUCUUUUUUAUUCAGGCUUGCGUUGUGGGCUUGCUUUUAUAAAGUGGUUUGGAUCAUUUCAAAAAACUCUCUCAAACCAUAGCACAAGUGCAUGGUAGGAAGUGUGCAGCAAAUCAUGCAUAGACUGUAAAAUAUAUUUAUGAACAUAUUUGUUUUCAGAUAUGAAUGCUAAUUCUUAAAAAUUGCAUAUUGCUUUGAUAUGCCAUUCUUGUCAGACACUGAUAUAAAACAAAAGACUAUUGAUUACACUCCUCACAUUUUUGACAUUGUGUAAAAUGUAUCAAGAUUUGUAAUGUUACUGUAAAAUAGCUUAUACUUUUCAUAAAAGGACAUAUAAAACAGGAACAAGGUAGUGUACUUUAAAAAAAUUGCACCAGUAUCCAUCCUUGGAACCUGUUUCCAUUAUAAAUAUAUUUUGUGGGCAACUGUAUAUUAAAUUGACAAUGUCCUUCA